UGGGUGUUAAAUACAAGAAUGGAGCCAACCCUGCAAUAUGACUUCGUUUAAACAAUGUCUCAAUAGCUAAUUUGUGAUUGGUUAACAUUAUCUAACAGCACUUGCUCUCUUGGUAACAUCAAUGGAAAAAAGUCAUUUCAAGUUAUUAUAUUUUGAUGAAAGGCAAGGACAGGCCAUUUUUCUUAUAUGCACUGAUAAUUCGUACACAAUAACAGCAGAGAAAUCAAGUCAAUAGCACUUUAACAUCUUUUGUGUGUCCUCAUCCUCAUUCACUGCUUCCUUCAAUCAACCUACCUCCCACCUCCUCGACUAGAAGACUCUCACCGUGACGCCGGUCAUAACUGCAAAGACUCUACCUCUCGUGCUGAAAGCUGCCACCUCCACCAUGCCUGCUUCCAUAGCAACACAACGCCCCACAGUCGCCAUGGUCACUGCCAUCAGCAACCCCCCGAGACCCGGCGCCAAUUCCGACUCCCAGAGCACACCAAUCAACCUUCAGGUGGCCAGCAAGCUACCCAAUCAGGAUACAGAUGCGGGCACACGGAUUGUGUCCAAGAAUGUUAUCGUCGUCACCACCACCUCUGCCCAGCCUAUCAAAGUUCCCCAGUUUGUCCCUCCUCCUAGAUUGACGCCUCGACCCACCUUUCAGCCACAGGUUCGACCAAAACCCCCCAUGCCCAUCAAUGUACCCAUCGCUCCAGCUCCUCCUCCCAUGGUGGCGGCUCCCCUAAUCCAGCGGCCCCUGAUGCUCACCACCAAGCUUACGUCAUCUUUGCCUGCCUCUGCUGGGCCCAUUCACCAGGUGCACAUCGUGAACGGACAGCAGUGUGCCACCAUUGACAAGACCAUGACUGCAGUCACGAGUGGCACCACGAAAGUCACAGGCAUCGUCAUCAGUCCUGCCCAGACACUUCAGAUCAGCAACCUUAACUCAGACUUGAAGACUGUGAAACCACAGGGAAGACCAGAACAGGUGGUCACGAGUAAACCACCCUCAUCCUCUCCUCCUCUUCCAGCUAAGAUCAAACGAGAGGAGAGCCCACAGAAACUUGCCUUUAUGGUGUCUCUUGGGUUGGUCACACAUGGUCAUCUUGAAGAGAUUCAGAGUAGAAGACAAGAACGUAAGAGGAGAACAACAGCCAACCCAGUGUACAGUGGAGCAGUGUUUGAACCUGAGAGGAAAAAGAGUGCUGUCACUUACUUGAACACUCCACUGCAUCAAGGCACCAGGAAGAGAGGUCGCCCUCCCAAAUACAGCACCACCACCACCAGCAGCACAGCGGUGCCGGAGCUGGGCUGCAACCCCCUGCUCUCCCCCACCAGCAGCCUUCCCGCCUCCCCAGCCCCUGAGCGGCCUGACACGGGGGGCUUUCCCCUCUCUGUCCACCCUCAUUCUGUCCCCCAGCCCAGCCCCAGCUCUGGGGAUGGAGACAUCCAUGAGGAUUUCUGCACUGUGUGCAGACGCAGUGGACAGUUGCUCAUGUGUGACACAUGUUCGCGCGUCUACCACCUCGACUGCUUGGACCCACCCCUCAAAAACAUUCCCAAAGGCAUGUGGAUCUGUCCUAAAUGUCAAGACCAGAUUCUGAAGAAGGAAGAGGCCAUUCCAUGGCCAGGAACCCUAGCAAUUGUCCAUUCCUAUAUUGCUUACAAAGAAGCAAAAGAAGAAGAGAAGCAGAAGUUAAUGAAAUGGAGUGCCGAACUAAAGCUGGAACGAGAACAACUAGAACAGAGAGUGAAACAGCUCAGCAACUCUAUAACAAAAUGUAUGGAGACCAAGAACAGCAUACUUGCCCGUCAGAAGGAGAUGCAGGCCUCUCUGGACAAGGUAAAACACCUGGUCCGCCUCAUCCAGAGCUUUAACUUGACUCAGUCCAUGGAGACGGACAUCCUACAGGAUUCCAAACAGGACUGCACAGAGUCAGGGAGCAUCAAAGACUCAAAGGAUGCAACACAAGUGUGUGUGCAGGAGAGUCCCACCGAGCCUAGCGUGCAAGUACCAGCAGCCGUAGCAGUUCCCAAAGUGAAGGCAGAGCCAGAGGUGGGCGAAAUGGCAGAGCCAGCAGCCGCAGUCACACCUGAGGGUGCGUCAGGUGAAUCGGGAGUUAGUGCCCCGGAAGUGCCCAAAACCACACUUAGCGAGGAGAUGAUGGAUACGGUGAAAACACCGGAGCCUGUGGAAUUGGCUCAGGCCAGGGACGUAAAAACUAAUGGAGGAACGGACUGUGUUUGUACCGGCUUGAACCCGGAAGAAGAGGGUGCUGUCGAUGCCGCAGAAUCUGUGGGCUCCGAGAACAUCCCUCCCAGUGACAGCAGUUGUUUAGAGGAUGCUGGGAAGAUGGAAGUGGAGCUGCAGGAAGAUGGAAGUCAUGGCAUAAACACCAACAACGGCAAAACCUCAGAACCUUCUCAGCAGGCUUUGCCAUCCCCUCUAAGCAGCGUGGACAACCCCAAAUAGUUCACCUCACACUAAACACAUUUACAUCACCAAAACAUUUAAACAGAUUUCCUAUUGCACCUUGGACUGGUGCACAAAGUUGCCAAUCUAUAAGUAUAUAA